AUGAAAUCGGGGGAUGGGGGUGUAGAUCUAAUCGUCUAUCAUAGAAAUGGGACGAUUUUUGUUCAAUGUAAAAACUAUGUGACGACUGUUGAUCGAAGACCGGUUCAAGCGUUAGAUGGAUUCAUCUCUAGACGCAGGGUACAUUGUUCCGGCAGAGUUGGUGGUAUUGUAGUUGCCCACAGAAAUAGAAUAGAGGAAGAUAAAUUUGAUCCGGCGGCAGUUACAGAAGCAACAAUUUGUCGUAAUCUAAUGAAACUAUCGUACGCAAAUACGAUAGUUGAGGAUAUCGAAGAGUUAAUGUCUAUGGCUGAAAGAAAAGAAGGGUUUACGCAAUGGAUUUAA